AUGCAUGAACCUCAAGAAGUCCUCUCAGAUGAUGAUAUCUCGUUCAGCUCAGCACCUGAAGCAUCUGCAACAGAUACAGACAGCCUUUCAAUUAGUGACUUAACUGAAUAUAAUAACUUCAAACAAGACAUUUUGAGCAACCCUUACAUUCAAGAAUUUCAAACUGUUGAACCCUCAGAUGUUUGCGACAACAUGCGUCCAUCAAGAGUUUUGAGAAGACCAACCUAUUUGAAAGACUGA